UCUUUUCUUGUCACGGAGCUCAGCCCCCAGAGGUAGAUGAAGGAUAAUUAAAACCUGCUGAGCCAGUGAACUUGGCACAAAACCAAGUAGAACCUCGAAAUUUUGAAAGGUGUUGUAAAAAAUCGGGAAGCGUUAAUCUCAGAUAAUUUUUUUGUGAUGAUAAAAAGAUGGAAGUUGGAAACACGUAACUGAAUUAUUAUUUGGAGAGAUGCAGCAUUUCUGAAGUUACAUCAAAGUAUCAUGUUAACCAUAGUUGAAGUAGUUAAUAUUUGCCAGAUUACCCUGAGGUAUUUUGAUGUAGUGUGGCAAUAACUGUGUCACAGCCUGCAGCGUGCUUGCGCAGAUAAAAUUAAGUAUACGCACAUCCAAGUCUUUUUACAGAAAUACACCAUCAGCACGGUUCCUGUUUAACCUGCAAAAUCUUAUGCUGCAUUUUACUAAUACCUUCUACAGAUUACAUUGUAACAGUGCAGAAAGUGAUUUUUUUUUUUUUUUUUUUACAUAAAAUGUAGUUAUACUUUGAACUGCCUUAUCACUUGCCUGUUUCAACUUUAAAUACAAUCACUGGGUAAAACUUUAUGAAGUCUUUAGCUGUAUGAAUUAACCUCAUGGAUUAUGCCCGCUGUGGCGGCAGAAUUAUUUGUCAGCAGAAUUUCUUUUCACAGCCUACUCUUAUCAGAAGACAGCCACGAUUACUAAGCUAAAUUGGUAUGUGAAACCAUAUGGUGUUUUGGAGCUGCUUGGUUGCUGUGGAGGAUAAAUAGCUCCUGACCCUAAACAGGAUCUUUUUAAGAAAAAAAAGCGGUUUCCCUAUGCCUUAUAAGGCAUGGGCAGGCUUACUCCAGUGCUGAAGAAGGGGCGGUAACGGGUUCAUGCUGCUGAGUUUUCUCCGGCAGCGGUCGCAGGCGACUGAAGAAGUUGCGCUGAAAUUGCAAACGCUUCAUUCCCCGGCACUUAGCAGCAAAACUCAGUGAAGAGAGGAGGCAUCAGGUGAAAUUAAAAAAAAACCCCAAACACUACCAUUUGAUCAUGGGAAAAUCAGCUUCCAAACAAUUUGCUGAAGAAGUCUUGAAAGCACACAAUGACUACAGGAAGAAACACGGAGUGCCCCCAUUAAAACUCUGCAAGAAGUUAAACAGAGGAGCCCAACAGUAUGCAGAAGAACUGGCUACCACGAGGGUCCUCAAACACAGCUCUGAGUCUGCUAACGGAAAAUGUGGAGAAAACCUAGCAUGGGCAUCCUAUGAUCAACCAGGAAAGGAUGUGGCUGACCGAUGGUACAGCGAAAUAAAAAAUUACAGCUUUCAAAACCCAGGGUUUUCUUCUGGGACAGGCCACUUCACAGCAAUGGUUUGGAAGAACACAAAAAAGAUGGGUGUCGGAAAAGCAUCUGCUAGUGAUGGCUCUACGUUUGUGGUGGCUAGAUAUGAUCCAGCUGGAAAUGUAGUGAAUCCAGGCUAUUACGAAGAAAAUGUCCUUCCUCCAAGAAAAUAACUCUUUUUUUAAGAGGUAGUCUUUUUGCUUAAUGACAAGUGAACUUGGAUUUGGACUUAACUGUGUUUGAAAUGAAGUAUGAUUUAAUGAAAUUUCCUGUUUGAUACUGCUGUUCACUUCUCAUUACGGAGGAAGCAAUUACAUGUUGCUUGAGUUGAUCUGCACACUAGGUCCCUGUUGUUUCUGAGAGGGCUUCAGUCUAUUUGAGGAUGAAGUAUAUGCAGCAUUUCUGAAGGGUAAAAUUUAUAAGGGUUUUUUUUUUAAUAGUUUGCAUGAACUCUGUGUCAGCAUGUGAGUAAGCACAUGUCAGAUGUCUUUUUUUAAACAAGCAAAUUUAUAGCUUUCUGUAAACUGAAGAUACCAGCUUGUAAUUAUAUCACAUACUCCUAGUUUUCCAGUAUUUUUUCAUAACUGUAACUUCUUUGCUCUAUCUAUACCUCCUGCUACUGUGGGGUCUUCUCUCUGCAGAUGGAAUAUAUGCAAAACUUCCUGUAUGAAAGGUAUACAUGUAAAAUGUAGUGGCAUUCAGACCUAUGUGUUUUUAUUAAGAGGAUCUCACGGAACACUAAAACGUUGCUGGCAAAAUCAAGUAAGCCAUGACUAAUGCAUGACCUGAAAGCUACUAAAAUUGUUUAAAUCCCAGCAUUACAUUUUAAGUGUCAAUAUUUAAAAUCUAUUUGAGAUAAGUGUGUUUCAAGUUCAAACCCCAUCUUACAGUUUACACUGUGUACAUUGUCUCAUAAGUAUGUACAUUGUCUUAUAAUCAAAUAUUUUACUUCUGUUACAGGAAAGUAAGAUACGACUUUUUCUCUUAGAUAUUUAUGCACAAAAAAAGGUUCUUUGAUGGAGCACAUUGGAUUUUAUUUCUCAAUAAUUUAUUCUUAUUUCCUAAGGAAUAUCUUCUGCAGGUGUCAUGCUAUACAGACAAUAACAUUCCCAAAUCCUUUUGUCUCCUUUAACAAUGUCACAGCAGGAGGUAUUCACAUGGUCAUAAUUAAGAGACAUUUACUCUUUGUUCAUAUAGUUCAAUAAUAGUAAAAGUAUUUCACAUGCCGGAUUGAUGCUCUGAAAAAAUUCAGAUUGCAUUUCCUUAAAAGCAAGCAAGCAAAAACCCUGAGGACACUUUCUUCUCUUAUGAAAUGUGUGUUGGGCCAUUUUGGCCAGGUUCAUAUACUGUGCUUCAAUUUGGGGUUUUCUUUUCUUUGUAAAUGUUCCUUUUGACUUCUGCUGAGAUUCUGUAUGCCAGAAUUUGGUUCAUGAGGAGUGCCAUUACAGAAACACUUCUUUUUGUUUACACAAUUGUAAUAAACUGCACUGUUACAGCUUGAUUAUAUGUCACUGUGAUGCUGUAUGUUACAAUCUUUUUGCUGUAACCAAGAAUUUAACACAUAUAAUGAACAUCUGAAAAUUAAAUAUUUUUGAAUAUGAAUUACUCAA